CCGAGACUCCCCUGCCUCCGCUCGCCCCCCGCCGCCACCACCCGCCGCUGCGAGCCGUCCUCAGGCUCCGUCCUCACUGUCCCUUUCCCCAGAACCGGGCCGGACCGAACCGGGCCGAGCUGGGCCGCCCGGGCGCGGCCGCUGACCAUGGCGUCCCUCUUCAAGAAGAAGACCGUGGACGAUGUAAUAAAGGAACAGAAUCGAGAGUUGCGGGGCACACAGAGGGCUAUAAUCAGAGAUCGAGCAGCCUUAGAGAAACAGGAAAAACAGCUGGAAUUAGAAAUUAAGAAGAUGGCCAAGAUAGGUAAUAAAGACGCUUGCAGGGUUUUAGCUAAGCAGCUUGUCCAUCUACGAAAACAGAAGACAAGAACUUUUGCUGUAAGCUCAAAAGUCACGUCUAUGUCCACACAAACAAAAGUGAUGAAUUCCCAGAUGAAGAUGGCCGGUGCCAUGUCUACCACUGCAAAGACAAUGCAAGCAGUCAACAAGAAGAUGGAUCCACAGAAGACACUACAAACGAUGCAGAAUUUCCAGAAGGAAAACAUGAAAAUGGAAAUGACUGAAGAAAUGAUCAAUGACACUCUCGAUGACAUCUUUGACGGUUCUGAUGAUGAAGAAGAAAGCCAGGACAUUGUGAAUCAAGUUCUUGACGAAAUUGGAAUCGAAAUCUCUGGAAAGAUGGCCAAAGCUCCGUCAGCUGCCAGAAGCUUACCAUCUGCCUCCACUUCAAAGGCUACAAUCUCCGAUGAAGAGAUUGAACGGCAACUCAAAGCUCUAGGGGUGGAUUAGAUCAAGAAGCCAUACUAUUUUCACUUUCUUACAAUUAUUUGAUCUAAAGUGGGUCCGGUGUCGAUUCCCUUUACAAUACAUAGUCAUUUUGCUACAAUGAAGACCAUGAGUGAACAGUUGUGUCCUGACCCAUGGCUAUUUUGAAUCUUUUGCCAAAGAAUGCCAGUGAUGAAAAAAUGGGAGCAGUUGGGUUGACUAGAGCCACUAAGGUCUGAUGAUGUGUGCAAACUGAGUUCUUUUCUGCAUGGCCUAGAGAAGCAGUGUCAUUACUUAGUGUCGGGGUGUGUGCUAAAUCUUUUACACCGAAACCAGAGUUCUUUUCAACGCCAGUCGGCGCCAACUUAAAGAGACUUGUAAAAAUAUUAAAGGUAUAUCGUUAAUUCUGUAUCUGUUGCUUGUCCUUUGUAGACAGUUAUGUUAAGACCACAGGCGGUGCAGCUGCCAACUUAUUUUUAAACCAUCUAAAGAAGAGUGCUAUUUAAACAUCUGUCUUAAAAACCAUCAGCAGCUUUUACUUUUCUUCCAUUUUUUCCCCCUUUGGGAGAACAUUCUAGUUGGUAAGUUUAUUACCUUUCAAAAUGUGCUUGGCACCUGCCUUAAAUAGCACAAACAUAUUGUGCACAUCUUUAAAUUAUUUUAACUGGCAAAAAAAAGAAUUACAUUUUAAAAUAAAGUUGAGUCUUAGAACAGUUACUCAAGCUGUCUUGUAAAGCUUAUAAAAGCGAAGUGGAUAUAAUUAGCAAAAUGAAGAAAGAAGACACUGAAUUAAUAACAUUUUAUAGUAAUGAAAGCACACUUUGGUCUUUCUUCCAAGAACUGAGACUUUCUCCGUAUAAAUUCUAACUUAGUCUGUGUUGAAUUUUGAAUUGUAUUAAUAUACACAUUAAACCCUCUAAAUUGAAGCCAUUCUUCCAAAUGAAGUACUACUGCUGUGACGAUACUUGACUUAGAUUUCUAAAGUAAAAACAUUUUUGUUUUGUUUUGUUUUUGGUAAAUAAACUGCAACUUUGUCAGAAA